AUGGAUAAUCUCUAUACAUGCGCCGAAGCCGGCGAAUCGCUCACUGGAAACCUAACCGAUACGGUUUACCAAUGUCUUUUCGACUACUGCGAGAAAUCUGAUCCGGAUUUGCUGGGAUGCCCUGACCAAGCAAUCAUAACUUCAUUUGAAUUUGACGCUGGCUUGGAUCCAUAUCCAUACUUCGCUGCCAACAGCGGCUCUUGCGAUCAUAUCAACAAACAGGCAAAUACCGACAUUGGGGGUCCCGGGGAUGUGUCGGCAAAUUCGGCGGAGUACAUUUCUGUUGAAGAUCAGGCCAAAAGCGAUAUCGAAACGGGCCAGAUAAGCGAAAACAACGGACUUCUUACUAUGGAUUAUAAUGGAAUCGAGAAGUUUGGAUUUUAG